CUCUCUCUCUCACAGAGUCACCUCCUCCAAUGGCUACCACCUGCACAUUUCCUUUGUUUCUCUCUCUAAUCUCCACAUUCCUCAUUCUCAGUUCAUCAUCUUCUGAGGCAGACAUUCUUCUCACCUUCAAGGCUUCCAUUAAAGACUCUAAAAACUCUCUCUCAAGCUGGUCCAACUCCUCUCUCACUCAUUUUUGUGAAUGGACUGGAAUUACCUGCACAACCACAACUCCACUCUCUGUGACUUCUCUCAACCUCCAAAGCUUGAACCUUUCAGGUGAAAUUCCAUCUUCAAUAUGCGAGCUUCCCAAUCUGUCUCAGCUCAACCUUGCUGAAAAUCUCUUCAACCAGCCCAUCCCUCUCCAUCUCUCUCAGUGCACUUCUUUGGAGACUUUGAAUCUCAGCAACAAUCUCAUCUGGGGUACAGUCCUAAACCAGAUUUCUCAGUUUGGUUCCUUAAAAGUGCUUGACUUGAGCAAGAACCAUCUUGAAGGAAACAUCCCACAAGGCAUAGGCUCACUCAGCAACCUCCAAGUUCUCAACUUGGGAAGCAACUUGCUUUCAGGUAGUGUGCCUUCUAUCUUUGGGAAUUUAACUGAGCUAGCUGUUCUUGAUCUGUCUCAAAAUUCAAACUUGGUGAGUGAGAUUCCUACUGAUAUUGGUAAGCUUGUGAAGCUUGAGAAGUUAUUCUUGCAAGGCUCUGGUUUUCAUGGUGAGCUUCCUGAAUCUUUGGUGGGUUUGCAAAGUUUGACUGUUUUAGACCUUUCCCAGAAUAACUUAACAGGUAGGGUUCCUCAGACACUUUGCUCUUCUCUCCAGAACUUGGUGUCUUUUGAUGUAUCUGAGAACAGGCUUUCUGGGCCAUUCCCAAAUGGCAUCUGUACUGGAAAAGGCCUUAUAAACCUCAGCCUUCAUACCAAUGUCUUCAAUGGUUCAGUACCCAACUCCAUUAGUGAAUGCUUAAAGCUAGAGAGGUUUGAAGUUCAGAACAAUUUAUUUUCUGGGGAUUUCCCAGUGGGGUUAUGGUCUUUACCCAAAAUUAAGCUUUUGAGAGCUGAAAAUAAUAGAUUUUCUGGAGAAAUACCUGAUUCAGUAUCAAUGGCUGCUCAAUUGGAGCAGGUUCAAAUAGAUAACAACAGCUUCAGUAGCAAAAUUCCUCAGGGUCUUGGGUUAGUCAAGAGCUUGUAUAGAUUCUCUGCUUCUCUGAAUGGUUUAUAUGGUGAACUACCUCCAAAUUUCUGUGAUUCCCCUGUUAUGAGUAUAGUAAAUCUCUCCCAUAAUUCACUUUCGGGUCGAAUUCCGGAGGUUAAAAAAUGCAGAAAGCUAGUAUCAUUGUCUUUGGCUGGCAACAGUCUUAAUGGGAAUAUCCCAUCAUCUCUUGGUGAAUUACCAGUGCUAACUUACCUUGAUCUUUCUGAUAAUAAGCUUACCGGUCCAAUCCCUCAGGCGCUUCAAAACUUGAAGCUUGCACUCUUCAAUGUUUCUUCUAAUCAGCUAUCUGGUAGAGUCCCCUACUCUCUUAUUUCAGGCCUGCCAGCUUCAUUUCUUCAAGGAAACCCUGACCUUUGUGGUCCAGGAUUAAUCAAUCCUUGUUCUGAUGACCAACCAAAACACCGUUCUUUUGAUCUCACAAUCUUGACAUGUGCCCUGAUCUCUAUAGCUUUUGCUGUUGGAACUUUCAUUGUUGCUGGCGGGUUUAUCGCAUAUCAUCGAUAUCGCAAGCAGAGAACCCAAGUUGGCAUUUGGCGGUCGGUGUUCUUUUAUCCUCUCAGAGUCACUGAGCAUGAUUUGGUGAUGGGAAUGGAUGAGAAAAGUGCUGCAGGAAGUGCUGGAGUAUUUGGUAGAGUUUAUAUCGUAAGUUUACCAAGUGGUGAACUUGUUGCUGUAAAGAAGCUUGUGAAUUUUGGGGUCCAGUCCUCGAAAGCUUUGAAGGCUGAGAUCAAGACCUUGGCCAAGAUCAGGCACAAAAAUGUUGUGAAAGUUCUGGGGUUCUGUCAUUCCGAUGAUUCGAUAUUUCUGAUAUAUGAGUUCUUACAGAAAGGGAGCUUGGGGGACUUGAUCUCCAGACCUGAUUUUAAUUUGCAGUGGAAUGUCAGAUUGAAAAUUGCCAUUGGUGUUGCCCAAGGAUUGGGAUACCUCCACAAGGAUUAUGUUCCUCAUUUACUGCAUAGAAAUGUCAAAUCGAAAAAUAUCCUUCUGGAUGCAGAUUUUCAACCAAAGCUCACAGAUUUUGCUCUUGACAGAAUUGUGGGAGAAGCUGCCUUUCAGUCAACUAUGGCUUCGGAAUCUGCUUUAUCUUGUUACAAUGCGCCAGAAUACAAGUACAGUAAGAAAGCAACUGAGCAAAUGGAUGUUUACAGCUUUGGUGUUGUAUUAUUGGAGCUAGUUACAGGCAGGCAAGCUGAACCAUCUGAGUCUCUCGACAUUGUAAAGUGGGUGCGACGAAAGGUCAACAUUACGAAAGGCGCGGUCCAAGUUAUCGAUCCAAAGAUCACGAAUUCUUCCCAGCAAGAGGUACUUGGAGCUCUAGAAAUCGCUCUCCAUUGCACUUCUGUGAUGCCGGAGAAAAGACCACCCAUGUCUGAAGUUGUGAGAUCACUUCAGUCCCUUGACUCAAGGACUGACAGUGCUGUUAUUGACUUCUCUACCUUUGAGGAACAUUCUGCUUCAGUCUGAACAAGUGACUGCAUUUUUGGUUUCCUUGUAUGUAAAUUAAACUUGGUUUUACAUAUUUACUUCUGAUGGAGGAAAACAGAUAGGGUUGGGCAUGGUUUUUUUUUUGUCUGUUGUUCAACAGAAAGUGAUUUGGGAUUUGGUUAACA